CCGCAGCGCCUGAGUUCCGCGAACCCUGGAAGCGCAUCCGGCCUGCCCCUGCCAGGAGGUGUAAGUUGUGGGGGCCGGGUGGGAGAGAUCUCUCUGAUAGUGCGUUGUCCCCGCAACGGAUCUGAACCUAACGCGAUCUCGAAAGCCCAGGACUCUGCUCACCUGCGUCAUGGCAGUCCCAGGUUGCAACAAGGACAAUGUCCGAGCAGGCUGCAAAAAGUGUGGCUACCCUGGUCAUCUGACCUUUGAGUGCCGCAAUUUUCUCCGGGUCGACCCCAAAAGGGACAUCGUGUUGGAUGUCAGCAGCACAAGUAGUGAGGACAGCGAUGAAGAAAACGAGGAGCUGAAUAAACUGCAAGCUCUGCAGGAGAAAAGAAUAAAUGAAGAAGAGGAGAAGAAAAAAGAAAAAAGCAAAGAGAAAAUUAAAUUGAAGAAAAAGAGGAAAAGGUCUUAUUCCAGCUCCACUGAAGAGGACUCUUCAAAACAAAAGAAACAGAAAUAUCAGAAAAAAGAAAAGAAAAAAGAAAAAAAGAACAAAUCAAAAAAAGGGAAACAUCACAAAAAGGAAAAAAAGAAGAGAAAAAAGGAAAAACGUUCUUCCCCUAACCGUUCUGAAUUCACCAAAAAGUAACCGAAUCUUUGGCCUAACUCAGGAAAUUGAAGAAUUCAAUAUUUUUCAUUAUUGUACCUUCCUUGGAAUUGCUAUGUAAUUACGCUUUGCAGAAAAUCCCAGCCUCUUCCAUAAAGACAUUUUUCACAUGUUGGGACCCUUAUCUCUCUGCCCAUCUGUAUUAAAUCCAUCUUAUUACUUGACAGCCAUGCCUCAAGUAUAGAUAUUUGUACAUGCGAAGCACAUCCUUUUGGGUAUGUGUGUUUCUGGGUGUUGGACCUAAGUUAAUGAUCACAUGGCUUUACUGAAGUCCAACCAAGUCGUCUCCAUAGCAGCUACUGAGUGGUGUCCGCCUUCCAGUGAUGUAGCUAGGUUGGUGGUAGUGAUUUGCUCUUGAUACAGAGGAUUUUAAUAGCUUUAUCUACUGUGUAAUGUAUAAAGAUAGUGAAGUUCUUCACUGUUGUUUUUAAAUCUCUAGGCUUUUUAAAUAGUAUCAUUGAAGAGAAAACUGCUUUACCGAUCUCAAAUUUUUAAAUGAAUGGGAUCUAUAGGAAGAUAAUAAUGAAAGUAUUUAUAACAAGUGUCAUUGUUUUAUGAAAUGCAUGUUUCUAGCACUUGCCUCCCAUGUUUUUAUAACAAUUAAAAUAUCCCCUUUUUAAAGAGAAUCACUUAGCUUACUAGAAAGUCUGGCAGGGAGAUUCUGUGCUGGUCAGGAUUAUUAGGUAGAUCCUGGGUUUAUAUACACAUGUGCCAUAUUGGCAUGGCUUACGGUGAUACCUCAAACACCUUUUUUUGUGUGGAAACAGCAAAACCCUCAUUAAAACUGAUUUUUAUUAUAUCUAGUGUAUA